AUGAUGAGCCGACUACGCGAAUCCCUGGCUGGUCCAGGGUACGUGAUUUUGAACGCCAUGCGCAUUCUCAACAUUAUCACUUUUCUCGAUCUCAUUGCUGCGUCGGUGGUCAUGCUGGUCAAGAUCAACAUGCUGAACAGCUUCUUUUUCUUCGAGGCUGUGACCCAUGCCGUGGUGGCUAUUGUUAGCAUUCUCCUCAUUAUCUCCGAGCUUCCCAUUCUGCGUGACUAUUUCGACAAUCAUUGGCCGAUGUUCGGUCAGGACGCGGGCUUUUAUACUCUUGCUGGUAUUAUGAUGAUCCUGGGUGUUUCGACUCUAGGCAAUUUAAACACCAAAGCUAUGACCCAGGAAGCGAUUGGUAUGGCAUUCUGGCGCAUUAUAAUCUCCGCUGGUGUCCUUGCAAUGGUAGUUAGCGUGCUCAACGUGCUGGUAAGCUUGCUCUUCAGCGAUCCCAAAGCCGGCGUCAGUGCCCGCCACGUCCGAGCCUAUGGCGCAGUCGCACCACAGAAAGUGAUGAGUCGAACAAGCAGCCACCGCACCCUCCAUCUGAGCAUCAAGCGCGAAGAAACACUCCCGUCGUACACUCGGUCAAACCCCGUGAAGCGUGCCACCCAACGCCUGACUGGUCGCUUCCCUUUGAAGAUCUCCAAGCCGAUGAACCCGACGCUGAUCGCUGAGAAUGAUGCUGCUUCGUCCAAGUAUUCUCGUGACUCGGUGGAGAUUCGCGAGCCUGACCUUGCACACCAUCCUGCUUUCGUCAAAUCCCUCCUCAUCUUCUUUGGCCCAGUCUUACUACCACGCUUGAUUACUGCCUACCGCAACCUCCGUGCUUCGAUUGCCAGUCGUCCUCCACCACGCCCUCUGCCCGCAGCUUCAGGCCGCGCACUCAACAUCCUAUUUGGCAGCGUUGUCUUCUUCCUCCUCCUGAGCCUACCCUUCAACCCUCACGCGCCCGAACCCAACAUCUUCACUCUGACCCGGUCGCGCAUCAACACUCCGACGGACAUCCUCUUCGCGCGCCUCGCCCGACUCCGCCCUGAUGCCCUCACCGCAGCCGACACCCUCCUCCAAUCCAAGCUCACCUCCCUCGGUGCCCGCAAGGUCUACCUGACCUAUGGCCCCGAUGCCUUGACCUCCUGCCAGUACUGCUCGUUUGACAACCUCAACACCUUCCUGAUGUACUAUCUGCCCUUCCACGUCCUGCUCCCGCAUCUGGUCCACCUCAUGAUCCUCGGCGUGGCCACCUCCGCGCCCAUCGCCGGCCGUGAAUCUGCCCGUUGGCGCACAAAGUUCACCCUGGCUGGCCUGGCACUGGCCGUUAUCGAUGUCUACAUAGUGGCAACUUAUGACGCUGUCUCGAGCGCAUCCCCGUCCGUGCGGUCGGGCCAAACCCCGCCCUCCGGCCUCUACAAUACCAUCACCCUGCUGCGACCGCUGGCGUUUGUGGUCUGUGACGUCGUCUGCUCCGUGGUGUUAUACCUCGCCGCUACAAAUCGGUUCUUUUUCAAGCAGCCCUCGGUGACCGAUCAGAUUGACCAGGCUGUCUCGGCCGCCCUCAAUGCGCUGACAGGUGCUCAUGGCAAAUUGCAUGCUACUAGUGUUACUCGCAACGCUGUGGUGCGUGACAAGUCCCUCAAAAGCCGGGAUGAUUUGUACUGGCAGACUAUGGCGGCCUCGGAGAACCCCACCGCGGCUGGAGAAGGGAAGAUCCUCAACAAUAUUUGGGAAGAGGAAGAAGUGGCUCGCGCUAUGUCGCGAGCCAUGGCAGGCCAGGGAGGAAUUGACCUGGCUCAGCUGGGUGUCAGUGCGAAUGACUUUGUCCGAGGGGUGACGGCGGACUUGGAGUAA